UGUUCUCUCUUUUUUUUUUUUUUUUUGGUUUCUUUAUGUAUUUUUAAUUUGUUCAAGUGAGAGGAGGGGGGGGAGCUCUGCCUGUGCAUGCAGAAAAAUGAUAGAUACCGCAAUAAUGACAGUGGCGGUAGCUUUACUAAUUUGUCCCGAGAGCCGAAUGUUGGAAGCAUGGGAAGCAGGGAAAGGAUGCGAGGGAUAGAUUGGUUGCGCGUCGGAGACCGGGGGCAGUGGUGCAGUGCAGGAACAGCAGGGGGCCGCAGCAGCAGCAGCAUCUGUAGCAGCCAUGGCCUUGAAUGAUUCUCUCUAGGUUGAGGAGCGAGCUGGUUUUCCGUUUGGGGUCUGCUGACUUUUGGGGGAAAAAAGAAAGGAGGGUGUGGAGGAAAAAGCGGUGUUUUUAUGCGUUUUAUUUGUUUUGAGGAAGGAAAAAGAGGUCGUUUUCCUUUUUCUUUUUGUUUAAUGGAGAUGGGUGGUGGUGUUCGUGAGAUGGUUGAUAAGGGAAAUGCCAUCGUUGAUGGUGGUGGUGGCGGCGGAGAGGGGAAGAGGGGAGGAGGAGGUGGCGGUGGUGGUGGUGGUGGGGAGGCCGAGAGGGAAGGUAUCAGCCCGGCACCUCAAAAGCUGGCCCGGACCGACUCAUUCCCCUUUAGGAUGCCUCCCUUCUCCCGGUGUGACAACGGUCCCACUUUUUAUAACAGCAGCAGCGAGGUCAGGUCGAGCGAUUUAUACGAUGUCCCCGGUGGUGCAGUCGCGGCAGCAGCUGCUGCAACAAGGACUCUGCAGCCUUUUCCUGUUGCCUUCAAAUCCCCAGGGAUGGCAUCUCUGCGGUGCCCUUUUACUGCGGCUCAGUGGCAGGAGUUGGAGCAGCAGGCCUUGAUUUUCAAGCAUAUGGUGGCUGCUGUGCCGGUCCCUCCUGACCUCCUCGUACCCAUCAGAAGAAGCCUUGCAGAGGCUUCUUCCAUUUCUAACAGUGCUACAGCCGGCCACCUGGGUUGGGGUGGUUUCAACCUGAGGUUUUCUAACACCACCGACCCGGAGCCGGGGAGGUGCCGGAGGACCGACGGCAAGAAAUGGCGGUGCUCCAGAGAUGUUGCGCCGGACCAGAAGUAUUGUGAGCGCCACAUGCACAGAGGCCGCCCUCGUUCAAGAAAGCCUGUGGAAGUACAACUACAAAGACACAGCACCAACACCAACAACAGCAGCAACACCACCAGCAACAACAGCAAUAGCAGCGGCAACGGCAACAGCAACGCCCCUCUUCCUUCCAAUUCUCCUGCUUCCGUCUCUCGCUCGCUGCCUCUUGCACCGCCACUCUCUUCAACUACCUCAUCCUGCGCCUCUUCAUCUUCUUCCUUCUCCUCUCUCACUUCACCUACUUCCGAUCCUUUCGCUAAGCCCUUUCAAUCUUCUUGGUUCAAACUCCCCGUCCAAACGAUGAUGCCUUCUACUUUCUCCGAUAAAUCGUCAAGGUACAUGAAUUGGACUAGAGAAGAAAUAGAUGGUGUGGUCUCUACAGGCAGAGAUUCUACGGCCGCUUCUCAUCAAUGGGAGUUGGUACAAUCAAAACUCGGCGAGAUUCAAGAGCAGCACCAGCUCAAAUUGAGCACCAUUGCAAGCACCACCCCCAUUCUGGGUUACCAUGAAAAUAUCGGCUUGAUUCCAGAAACGGACAACCGAUCUUCUCUCUUCAUGGGCGACGAUCUUACAGGGCUAGAAUCUACCACCAACGACCAGCAGAUGCAACCGAGAUGUUUUAUCGAUGCAUGGUCUAGAGAGGACAGAUGGCUCCCCACCACUACGACCGCAGCCACCACCACCACCACCACCACCAAAUCCACCGCUUCAAACCUCACUCUUUCUCCUCUCAGCCUGUCUAUGUCCGCCUCUGGCGGCAGCGGCGGAGACGAUAUGCAUCCGAUUCAGAUGGGUCUUGGCGUGAACGACGCGGAGGGAAAUGGAGGACUGAAGCAGCAGCAGGCCCCAAAUUGGAUGUUGCCGGUCACUUGGCAGUCGUCUUCCCCACUAGGCGGGCCACUUGCAGAGGUGCUGCAGUCGAGCGGCAGUACCGCCGCUGCACCAAACUCCCCAAAGGGAUGCAGCAGCAAGAGCUCUUCCAGUGGACUCAAUCUGUUGACGGACGGGUGGGGGGAGGGGAAUAGUCCUCGAGGUGGUAGCCCUAGAAUGGCGUCUUCUCCCACAGGCGUUCUGCAGAAAACUCUAGCUUCUCUCUCUGACAGCAGCAGCGGCAGUAGCCCCACGUUUGGAGCCAAAUCUGAGAUUGCUCUUCAAUGGCUAAACCAACAGCCACCGAAGUUGCCAUCUUCAUCAGGAGUGAUAUGAUAUAGUCUUUUUUUUGCAUCUUUUGCUUAGAUUUGCUUUUGUUUAUUGUUUGUUCAUUUUGUCUCCUAUGUUGGUAGCUUGUUGGGGUUUUGCUAAUCUCAAGGUACUAAACUAAUCUAUGGAAAAAAAGCAUCUGUAUGGAGCAAAAUGUCUUGUCUGCGCGAAAGGUUGCAAAGGAAUUUUAUAAUCGCGGUUGUUUUGGC